CAGCAACUCCUAGAAAGCAGCAGUAUAUGAAUUUGUUCUCAGUGCAGGGCAUCUGAAAGCACUUUGGCUUUUAUUUAACUUUAGAUAUAGGCUAUAUUUUUUUUAUUUCACAAGAUAGAGGUCCAUCUGGACCUUAGCCCAGCUUGCAGAGAUGUACAACAACAGCUACUCUCAAUCUAAGUUUGGUGCGAGUGCCAAGAAAAUCCACAAGGCCAGGGGCAAGAGCUGUGGCUACUACAUGAAAAUUGUCUUCUUUUUCUCCUCCCUGAUCCAGACUCUGAUCAUUGUCAGCCUGGUUCUCUUCCUGGUCUAUGGGCAGCCAGAGGAAUCUGCAGCUGAGAAGAGACUGCAAGUGCUUGACCCGAUGCACAAUGAGCUCAUCACAAAACACGGAUACCUUCAGGAGGAGUUCAGAAAUCUUACCUGGAAAAUGAAUGUGACAAAUCGGGACAUGGAAUACAUGCAGAGGAAUAUCACCGUGCUACGACAGUUAAGCAAUAGCUCUUAUUCCUUCAUCAGCGAACUUCGAAAUAAAUUGUUACAAUGUCAAAGGAGUUCGCAACCAUGUAACUGCCCAAGAGUGGUACAACCACCCCCAACACCAUGUAAUUCAAAUGGUCAACUAAAUGGUCUACAAUAUGAAAAUUCACAGCUGAAAAGAUGGCAAGAAAUUUUGCAGAGGAAUUGUUCAGAGACUUUUCAAGUUUUGAAAGUUGAACUGGACGGUGCCAAUAGGGACAGAGAAUCCCUUAGGCUAGAGACAAUCACACUGCGGCAAGAGAAGGUCACAGCUGAGAGAGAGAUUGAACGUUUUAAGAGAACGUGUAAGGAGGACUUCAUCAGAUCAAUGGAGGGAAUUCCAGAGAUCACUAAGGCAUUCCGGCAGAAGAUCGACACCUUGAUCCCACAAAUGAUCCCUUUCCACAUAACCUGUUCCAAACAGCGUGAGCAGCUGGAGCAGAUUCAGUAUAACUGUAGCAGCCUAUCAUCAGAGGUGGAGAACAAGUUUCAGCCCUACUUGAACGACCUUGGACAUAAAGUUUCUGACAUAGUUCACAAAGUGAGUCAUCUUGAAGCAAAAAAAGCAUCUCUGGACAGGAACCUGUUUGAAUGUAAAAAGAAUCUAAGUUCCCUGGAGGAAAAUAGUUACAAGAAUCUCAGAGACACCCGGGAAAGACAUGACAAGUUUAUGGAAGAGGCUCUGCUGGAGCAAAGGAAACUGCGAGGAGCAAAGGAGCUGUUGGAAGGAACUCUGAAGCUGAAGGAAUCCGAAAUCAACAUGCUGAAAGAAAAGAUAAAUGUCUCUCUGGCUAGCUCUGGACACAAGCCACCAGGAGGAGUUGGAAUUGGAACAUAUGGUAGUGGCAGUACAUUUCCAGUUCAAUCAGGAUCAGGGAUAAAGCCCACUGCACGAGGUUCUGGUGGACCAGACAGUUCUUUAUUUAAAAAGCCUGACUUUGGUCGCAGUAGUGUGAAUCAGGUGGGAUCGGGAGGAACUGGGAUGGGAAAUACAGGGUCAAGCUCGCUCCCAAGCUCGGAUAGAUUCCCAACAGGAGCAGGGUCAAGUACUCCUGGGUCUGGUAGUGGAACAGGGAUUGGUUCAUCUAGGAUGGGGUCAACAGGGACAGGACUCAACACAGGCUCUUUUGGAACAGGUGCAGGAGCAGGACAUAGUGGAACAGGAUGGGGGGCUGGGGGAACAGGAUUUGGUAACACAGGUUUUGGUGGAGCAGGGGGCAGUCGAAGUGCAUUUCCAAGUGCAGGGACUGGCACUACAGGGCUAGGAAACACAGGUUAUGGUGGAGCAGGAGGAGCAGGAGGCAGUCGAAGUGCAUUUCCUGGUGCAGGGACUGGCACUACAGGGCUGGGGAACACAGGUUAUGGUGGAGCAGGAGGAGCAGGAGGAGCAGGAGGCAGUCGAAGUGCAUUUCCUGGUGCAGGGACUGGCACUACAGGGCUGGGGAACACAGGUUAUGGUGGAGCAGGAGGAGCAGGAGGAGCAGGAGGCAGUCGAAGUGCAUUUCCUGGUGCAGGGACUGGCACUACAGGGCUAGGAAACACAGGUUAUGGUGGAGCAGGAGGAGCAGGAGGCAGUCGAAGUGCAUUUCCUGGUGCAGGGACUGGCACUACAGGGCUGGGGAACACAGGUUAUGGUGGAGCAGGAGGAGCAGGAGGAGCAGGAGGCAGUCGAAGUGCAUUUCCUGGUGCAGGGACUGGCACUACAGGGCUGGGGAACACAGGUUAUGGUGGAGCAGGAGGAGCAGGAGGAGCAGGAGGCAGUCGAAGUGCAUUUCCUGGUGCAGGGACUGGCACUACAGGGCUAGGAAACACAGGUUAUGGUGGAGCAGGAGGAGCAGGAGGCAGUCGAAGUGCAUUUCCUGGUGCAGGGACUGGCACUACAGGGCUGGGGAACACAGGUUAUGGUGGAGCAGGAGGAGCAGGAGGAGCAGGAGGCAGUCGAAGUGCAUUUCCUGGUGCAGGGACUGGCACUACAGGGCUGGGGAACACAGGUUAUGGUGGAGCAGGAGGAGCAGGAGGAGCAGGAGGCAGUCGAAGUGCAUUUCCUGGUGCAGGGACUGGCACUACAGGGCUGGGGAACACAGGUUAUGGUGGAGCAGGGUCCAGCAGGACUAGCCAGAGUGGGACAGGAUUUGGGGGGACCGGGUUUGGAGGCCAUGGCUCAGCAGGAACUGGGUAUACAAAUGCAUUUGGACGAGGUGGCAGCUAUGGAACCGCAGAUCCCAUCGAAAAUUUCUUGAGAAAGCUCCACAGGUCUUUUAAUCCAGAGCAGUAUUGAGCUGUCAAGAGAGACAAUUUUCAUAGAAGACAAUUACUUCGCUCAGAAAAAUACAGUGGAUUUAACUAACAGCUUGAGGCUCAACAAAAACUGUGGUUGUGCCAGUUACUGUAGUUUUGUACACUACUUUCAGCCUGUACAUUUGCUUUGCAUAUUCCAAUUGUUAUGCAUUUUCUUGUGGGAGGUUCAACGAAUUCUCUAAGAUGUACAUAGUCUAAAUAAAAUAUAUUAUGUAAAGAAUUUUACAGAAUAAAGAGCAUAUUCUAAA